AUGAAGGUGCUUGUGGUCUUUCUCCAUCGCCUCCUGGACUUCAGAACUCUCGAGUUCCGGUCGCUGGCGGAGUAUGUGGGCGUCAAGGACGCGCGGCUCGAGGAGCCGUUCGGCGGCUCCCUCAUGAGCCCGUUCUGGUACGUCCACCUCCCGGACGAGCGCGCGCAGGAGCUAUCGCGGACGAUAUGCGACCGCGCGGCCCUCGUCAAGUCCAUGAUUCAAGUCUGGGCCGAAGGGGCCACGCUCGACGAACUGGUGGAGGACGUCCGCAGGCAGCCGCCGGAGACGUUCGAGCGGUACAUCUCGCAGCAGGAGUCGUUCAAGGUCAUCGUGGACUACUUCGGCCGCAGAGUGUCCACCCGCGAUCAGCAGGACGUGUUCGACAAGCUGGCCUUCCUCCGGCUCGGCGGCAAGGUGUCGCUCACGAACCCAGAACAGCUCUACAUCGUCAUCCGAGCCGAUCCCGACGGCCUCCCGAACCGAUCAGGGCUCCCUGAGGGCGUCCCCACGCGAUGGUACUUCGGGCGCGUGCUGGCCGACCACCGCAAGCGCAAGGAGAGCACGUCCAAGUUCGCGCUCCCGGACCGGCCGUACAUCGGCCCGACGUCGAUGGACCCCACCGUCGCGCAGGUCAUGUGCAACGUCGGCGGGGUGGGCCCCGGGCGGAUCUGUUUCGACCCGUUCGUGGGCACCGGAUCCAUCCUCGUGACGGCGGCGUACCUGGGGGGCUACACCUUCGGGAGCGACAUCGACAUUCGCGUGGUACGCGACGGCAUGUACAAGACGGACAAGGACGGCCGCAAGCUCACGCUCUGGCGCAACUUCCAACACUACGGGCUGCCGAGCCCCGUGGGGUUCCUCGCCACGGACGUCCACCGCACGAGUUUCCGCAUGCAAGUCCUCGAGGGUCUGGUGGACAGCAUCGUGUGCGACCCGCCGUACGGCGUGCGCGCGGGCGGGCGCAAGAGCGUCCCGCGGGACCUGCCGGCGACCAUGACCGCGGAGCAGCGCAAGGCGCACGUGCCGCACACCGGCACCUUCACCAUGGUGGAGUGCCUCGCGGAUCUGCUCGACCUGGCCUCGCGGGCGCUGCGCGUGGGCGGGCGCGUGGUGUUUUUCCUGCCGUGGCCGCACCUGCACGCGGACGCAAAGGAGCACGAGGAGAUUCGAAUUCUGGCGUCGCACCCCGUGCUGCGGCUGACCGGCAUGGGCAUCCAGCACCUCACCACGCGCUACACGCGGCUGCUCGUGGUGUUCGAGAAGCGGCGCGCGUGCGGCGCGGACGACGCGGAGCUGGCGGCAGCGUCGCGGGCGAUGCGGGCGGCCGACCUGGUGUUCGACCGCAUGGCGGAAAUCAUCUACACGCCCGCGAGCGAGCUGCCGCCGGAGGACGCCGAGCGCCUCAAGAAACGCAAGUUCCGCGGGAAAAUGCACUGA